GAUGACGCUGGGUGCCGAGGUUGGUCCAUCCUUGACAAUUAAAUCUGACAGCUCGGAGGCCCCAUUUUCUCUCCUCCCCUUGCGCUCUACACUCCCGUCUCUCAACUCGACCAGGCCAACAACCCUUGCUGACGGUUCCCGUCAGCUCCGAGCACAGAUGUCGACAGACGACACCCAAGCCGACCGCCAAUUACACCAGACGCUCGAAUCAGCCUGUCGUCGUCGCGAUGACUCCGUCACAGUGCACCGGUCACGCAAACACUCGCGCACCCACGACUACAACGACGACAAUGAAUAUUCCUCCGACUAUUCCUCCGAUGUCUCCGGUCGCUUCGACGACGCAGACGAAGACUACGCCAUCUCCGCACACCCGGCCAGCUCGCCCCCAUCCACUAAGCGCCGUCGCUCCAACGACUGGCCCGUAGAUGAAUUGCAGCCGCCACCGCCACUAUUGAAAGAGACCGGGUCGACUGGCUCGCGCUGGCGCUCGCCCUUUCAUAGUAGGAAUAAUUCCAAGACCGACCAUGGGUCACCGCGCACGGCUUCGGGCCGGCACGGACGUCAGGCGGGUCCCAGCGGGCGUGGCCGCCGGUCGCGGUUCGUCGAGGGGAUGAUGAACGAUAGUGUCAGUGAGAAACCACCCAGCAUCUUUCUGCGCGAUGGCAAGUCGGUGAAUGGACAGGAGGGCCCGACACAUCGGUCGUCGGGCAUCUUUCGCUUCGGUAAGGCCAUCGCGUCGGCGUUUAACCCGUUCGGUGGGUGGGGGAAUGUUGCGGUGUGGAAGGGGUCACAGUCUGCAGAGGCGAACAAACAGCCCGUGGACGAUGAUAUCGCGCGUGUCGAGAGGGCAUACGCUGAGUUGAAGAAGGCUGGCUAUCGGGGCGCCGUCAAGGGGCAGUAUAUGGCUGAUGCUGGGUCGCAGUCCAGUAACAAUCUCGCGGAUCAGACGUGGAAGUCUAUCCAGGAGACGAUGGACUACAGACCGCCGACGGGACGUCACUCGAGGCAGAAUUCCGGCGAGUGUCAUGAAUCGAGCAGCUCGCUGCGCAAUUCGUUCCAGGAAAUCCGCCGUGCUAAGUCGUCACUGGGCAUUACAUCGAGUUUUAUUCCUCUCGGUCGUCGAUCCGAGGACGCCGAACAACCGCAAUUGCGUAAGCAAAAGUCGAAGAGGGAGAAGCUGUUGAGACGGGUGAGCACGCUGGAGGAGAAGCUUGAAAAAGCACGGCGAGAGCUGCAGGAGCUCUUGGGCGAAGAUGCACCACCGGUCCCGGAGCGAGUACAAUGUCAGGAUUCAUCUCACCCCAGGAAAUUCGUGCCCGGCGCACUCCCCACACUCCCCUCCGAGAGAUUGCUUAACCAUCAUAACCCAGUAUCCCCAAUUUCGCCUACAUACGAUUCAGCUCCGCCGAUGUCAUUAUCAGAGAACGUCCAACGUCCAAUGCAAAGCCAGGACGCUGGGCCGACGACGACCACGGUCGAGCCAGAAUCCACCAUCAAAACCCCAGCCAAAUCCCCCAGCCAACGAACAACAGUGUCAUUGGCAGUCGACAGUCCAUCGCUCAAGCGCAAAUCGCCCGACCCCGAAUCUGCCAGCGCAGCAAACACCCCUAAAUCCCAGAAAGAAGGCGCAACUAACUUCAUAGAGGACGGCAACCAGUCCGACUCGUCUCGCCGAUCCAAACUCCCCAAGACUUUCCGAGGCGACAGUCCCGGCUCCGUCGAACGCAAACAAACCCCGCGACACCGGGACGAAACCAACACCAGACGUUCCCCGAGCGAAGAACGCGGCCGAAGGAGAAGAUCCUUGCAACCACUCCGGUCACACAGCAAGCGAUCCCCUUCGGCGAAGCGAAGGGCAUCCAACUCUCGGAAUAGAGGCGCCCCGUCGCUGCGCAUGAAGAAGGGACGUGCCGAUCUGAGAUCCGCGAAUACGCAGGUUAUGGAUAUCGACAGUCACGAUAAAGAGAAUCAGCACGCAACGCAAUCCCGACAGGACCAACAGCAGUCCGAUUCCGUCAAUCUGAAUCCAACUGAUCCAAGCCCUGAUCCAUCCCUAGCCAAGAGAAAGGACCAACAGUACACAUACAACUAUAUCCCGCCCGUGCCUCCUUUGCCCAAGGAUAUAGCUGCGACAGCCGCGAAAGUGGACAAAAGGCUAGCCAAGGAGAUUGGGAGGCGCGAGCGGAACCGGAAAUCCAAGGCUCAGGGAAAGCCGAAUGGUACCGCUGAGGAUGCCCCGUUCCGGUGGCCUGACGAUAUCUUCUGAUGCAGUAAAUGCAACUCUUUUGGAAUUGGACGGACGUCAUCUGGAUAACAGGACAGGCAGAGACGUUGCAUACUUACCUCUUCAGAAGCCUACCAAGGAGGAAGAAGAAGAAAGAAUGGCUAAGUGUCCUCUUUACUGCGGUACACUCAAGCCAGAGGAGAAGAGAAGAGUAGUUGAGAAAUUUCCUAUGUUAAUACUCACGAAUCUAACGAAGUUACGACCUAUCAUUCCAACAUACAACUCCUCAACUCAAC